CGACAGUGGAGAGUUCAGAGACAUUAAAGGAGGUUUGAUAAAUUAUGAAGAUCCUCACCAUCCUCUUAGUGGCAAUUACUGUCGCGGUCGCGGUGCCAGUAUCGAGUCGCCACCAUCACCACCAUCACGUCAAAAGGAAAAUAAUCACCAAGAAAAUCCCGGUGCCAUAUCCAGUGGAAGUGGAGAAGGAGGUGCCGGUAUAUGUUGAGAAAAAGGUUCCAGUUUAUAUCGAGAAGAAGGUCCCCGUUCCGGUUGAUCGGCCUGUUCCAGUGCCAUAUAAGGUUCCGGUUAAAGUUCCCGUUUACGUGAAAAAACCUGUCUACAUCGAGAAGCCCGUUCCCGUGACAGUGAAAAUAAAGCACCGCAAGCAUUAGGCACUUGGACUGAGCAGUACAAAAUUAAGACAUUUAUAUUAGUUUUGCAUUUAUGCGAUGAAAGUGUUAUAGAAUUAGUGAAUUGUAAAUAAAUAGGA